AGGUAAGGCAUUGGGGAACAAUUGGGAAAGGAAAUGUUAACCGAUUUCGGGUUUACUCGUUGGCUCGUUGGUGCGGCUGAACUGAACGAGAAAGGUUUGUGUUCAGCUAAGGCGUACUAUGGCUUGGCUAUGGCGGCCACGAACGGGAUAGAAAAAGCAUAUAGAACGUCGCUAGUCAUCCCUUACGCGUGUGUAACAUCGUAAGAAGCAUCGAAUACCGAUAUAUCAAAAUCUUAGCGUUUUUCUUUUUUCUUUUCACCGGCGACAUGAGCGUCCCACCGCCUAUCCCACCACGGCCACCGGGAUACGAGCUCCGGAUCUCGGGGAAUCCUCCUUUGCCACCGCGGCGACCACAACAGCCACAACAACAAGACCACGAAGCCCCACCUCCGCCUCGGCGACCACAGAAUGCAUGGGGCCCUCUAUCCAACCCGGACGGCACGGCAACACCGCUCUUAGAAGCUCUGCUAGCUGCAUUCUUCGCGCGUCUCGACCCACAGGGCACCGGCACAAUCACACCAGAAGCCCUAUCGGCCUUUCUAGACGUGCACGGUUUCCCAACACAAGACAACAUCUGGAAACUAAACCUCAAACCCAGCGCCAUGUUCCAGCCCGAAGACCUCGCAGACUACGAGCUCAAAGCCGCGUGCGAAGCCUGGGGCUUCGAGCACCGCGUCGUCACGCGCAACCCGACGCGCGCGCAGCUGCCAUACGGCGGGAUGCCGCUGUUGACCGUGCGCGGGUUCACCGAUAUGAUGGCGGUCGAGUACGGGGCGGACCCGAACGACGCGUUUCUCGGGCUGAACACCGCGUUAUGCCGGUAUGGCGUGUGGGUUGAGCGCGGACCCUUGCCGAGGGAGUGUCUGCUGCCUGGACCGGAUGCGCCGGAGGAGUUGAGGCGGAGAACUGAGGAGGUUAGGGUUAGGAGUCGUAGGGUUGCGGAGGAGAGGCUGGAGGCUACGAGGGUGAGGUUUGAGUUGCAGGCUAGGGGGAGGAGACACGCGGAGGAGUUGUCAGGGGAUUAUCAUUAUGUUAGGAGGGAUUUUUGGUAGACCUGGCUGGUGGUGGUGCGAGUUUGGGUGUGAUGGGGAGCUCGGAAGAGAUCGGGAGGCGAGCUGAUGACGGAAUGUCUUACCCCGUGUGGUGGUGAGGGUGAAGGUGAGGAUGAGGGUUGCAGGCGUAAUGCUCCCGCGUGGGGUGGGUUACUCGCGGUUAGACCCUACAUACAUACUAAUAUAUCUACAGGUCGCAGGCCUUUUUAUUGCUCAAUAAGUGGGACGUAAGUGUUAAGCAACAACUUGAACUUAGAAGUAUCAUCAUACG